UUGCAUUUUCAGGCCUUGGCUUUACCACCUUCUACUUAGCUGGCAAGUUGCACUGCUUCACUGAAAAUGGCCGGGGGAAGAGCUGGCGGCUCUGUGCAGCAAUUCUGCCUCUCUACUGUGCCAUGAUGAUCGCCCUGUCACGCAUGUGCGAUUACAAGCAUCACUGGCAAGAUGCUUUCGCUGGAGGGAUCAUUGGCCUCAUUUUUGCUUAUAUUUGCUACAGACAACACUACCCUCCUUUGGGUAAUACAGCUUGUCAUAAAUCUUAUGUCAGCCUGCUAGAUCAGAAUUCAAUGAAGAAAGAAGAGAGACCUACAGCAGAUAAUACUACUGGCCUGCCUCUAGAGGGAAUAACUGAAGGACCAGUAUGACUUUCAGAAAUGUGCAGAAUGAACUUUUAGCCUUCUUGCAUUUCCUCCAAACCAGUCUCUUAACAUGGUAUUUCCUACUAUACAUUUGGUCUGUGUUUUUCCGUUUGUUUCUUUCCUUUU